AUGGCUUCGACCAGUAUCCAGUAUUUGAAUAGCCGAAGCCAAGCCUCGCCAGAUAAUCAUGAACUCAAGUCCAGCAUUAUUCUACUAUCAUGGGCAGCAUUCGACACCGAGUGUGACCUAAUAGCCGAACACCAUUUACCACGAAGUGGUAUCGAACAUGUAAUUGAUCUGACACCUUUCCCAACCUUUGCAAACCAUGAUGCCCAAGAAACACACGUCUUCCUUGCCGAACUGUCCGUCCGUCGUCUGCUCAAUAGAGUACACCACACCAUGUACGGAAGUGAUUGGACAAGGCGCAGCCUUGGUCUACAGCCAGCUUCAAGCGACAGCCCAUCGUAUGACUUCCAGUCACUCUCUACAAUCCUGAGCGUCUCUCAAGAGCUUGACCGACAGCUUGACAAUUGGUUUAGCUUGUUGCCGGGCACAAUUAAACCAGAUAUUAACGAUCCUUCUCGAUGUACUGGCCUUCAACUCAAUAUGCUCCACCGCUUUCACUCCGCCAAGGAUAUCAUAACCAGGCCAUUUCUUCUUUGUGCAAUUGACUCGUCACCGGAGAAUGAUCUUCCACCAAUGGUACUCAAGCAGUGCGAGUCUAGUAUAGCUAAUUGCCGAGCGUAUCUGGAUGCCUCGACGCGAAGAUUGACGGGGCCAUCAUCUUGCGCGGAGAUAAUUAUUCAUACGAUGUUCUCUUCUAUUCUUCUCAUGACCCUAGGCUCGGUUUGUCCGGCUCUGGCGCAAUUGGUACCGGAUAUUGAUGUUCUGCAGAAGAACACGAUCGAGACCAUCGAGCGAUUUGCCGUGGACGGCUCUUUGAUUCAAGAGAUUCAUGGAAUUAUUAUGUUAUUGCAUAGUAAAACACGAGUGCUUAGGCGGUCUAUGCAAUCGCUUUAA